AUGGUCAGCUACCAAUUGCUAAACAACGAUUUUUCUACGAAUACAGAGAAGUUUAAAGAAUUCUACAGGUACCGGAAGAGUGUGUUCUAUUACUCUGCUAUCAUCAUCGUUCUUAUUUUCCUAUCAAUUAAUUUUUUGAGUUAUAAUCCAGAGGAUGAAGAAUUAUCAAGUUCCAGCGAACAUAAUUAUGGAGAGCACCCAAGAAAUAUUAUAGCAGAACAGGAGUCUGGACAGAAGUUACCAUUUACUACAACGCCUUCGCCCCCACUCAUUCCCUACAAAUACGACGAACUUCCUCCAUGUGAUCUUACCACAGACUCACCGAAACCCCUUCAUAACGCCGAAUCAAUUGUCAACGAGUUCUUCAAAUGUGCUUCAAUGAUUCUAUUGAGAUUCUCUAUGAAUCCACAAGGAAUGCUCUUCAACUGGCCAUACACCAUUUAUGUUUGUGACGAGGAAGAUUUGACUUCUGGAAUCCCGCUGAGAUCAUUUGACAACGGGCAAAAGCAGUAUUGGGCAGUGCUUCCUAAUUGUCAAGAAAAAACUACACUGGUCACCCUUGGCGCCAACGAAAAUACAAAAUCCGAAGAAGAGUUGAAAGACCUACUGAAAGACUUCGGAACAAUCGGAACUGACCCAUUCCAUGAAAGAAUCAAUGCUUAUGAGAAGUUCAACCAAGUGGCUCUCUCGACCGAUAACAACAAACUUUUGAUGACUGAUUCCAAUGAUAAGUAUGCUGAUAAAAACUACGUGGCGACAAUAAAUCAACACACCUUUUUCAAUGAGACUGUGGGAGUCAAGAAAAUCGAUAUGCUCUGGAUUAACCCCAAUGCUGGUAAUUUCGAGUACGAAAAAUACUUGAAUAAAGACGGAGAGUUUGAGAAAAUGGGAGUCAAAGUGUGCCAAGUAAACAUCGAAAUCACGAAAAAUGAUGCUGAGAAAUGGUCAAAACUGAUAACUCCAUUGGUUCAAGAAAAACGAUUUAUAUUUAUGAGACCGAUGGCGACGGAAGGAGGAGAGCUGACGAGAACUUAUCUUCUGAAUGUGGCGGACCCAGAAUGUGUCAGGAAAUAUUUGCAGUAG